UUGUUCGCUCCAAAUGCCACCGCUUCGCCUUCGCCUUCGAUUCGCCUUCUCCCCCCCGAAUCCAAACCCUCUCAAAUGCAGAUGCUGCUCCACGCCAAUUCCCUCCUCCUCCUCGCGCCGACGACCUCGCGGCUCUCCGCCUCCGCCUCGCCGGGGAGAUCGGGGACGGCCCGGCCGCUGCCUCCGCCGCAGGGGCACGCGCAUUCCGCCCGCGCCGCCGCUCGCGGGACACGGAGGCCGCCCGCCGUCGCCGCAGCCUCGCCGCGGACGCCGAUGGCGGUGGGGGAGGAGUGCGCCGCCGCCGUGGCUUCCCAGGGGUUCGUGACGGAUGCGAGGGCAUACUGGGUGACAAGGUCUCUGAUUGCCUGGAAUGUAAACGAUCAAGACACCUCCCUCUUCCUGUAUGCAAGCAGAGAUGCCACGAUGCACGUAUCUGAUGGGGCCAUUCAUGGUUAUGAUUCAAAAAUUGAACUCGAACCAGAACAUGCCAGCCUUCCAGACAAUGUGGCUGAGAAGUUCCCGUUUAUCAGAAGUUACAGAACCUUCAGAGUCCCUAGCUCUGUUGAUGUCGCGAGCCUUGUGAAAUGCCAACUAGCUGUCGCUUCUUAUGAUGCUCAUGGGAGGCAUCAAGAUGUUACUGGAUUGCAACUACCUGGUGUAUUGGAUGACAUGUUUGCUUAUACUGGACCACUUGGUGCAGUUUUCAGUGAUAAAGAUGUCGACCUCUACCUUUGGGCUCCUACAGCUCAGGAUGUUAGAGUAUGCUUCUAUGAUGGUCCAGCAGGACCUUUACUGCAAACUGUGCAACUCAAGGAGUUAAAUGGUGUUUGGAGUGUUACUGUACCAAGAUACCGGGAGAACCAGUACUAUUUGUAUGAAGUUAAGGUUUAUCAUCCUAGUACAUCACAAGUUGAGAAAUGUUUAGCUGAUGAUCCCUAUGCCAGAGGGCUUUCUGCAAAUGGCACACGGACUUGGUUGGUUGACAUUAAUAGUGAAACUUUAAAGCCAGCUUCCUGGGAUGAAUUGUCAGAUGAGAAGCCAAACCUUGAGUCCUUCUCUGACAUAAGCAUCUAUGAGUUGCAUAUUCGUGAUUUCAGUGCUCAUGAUAGCACAGUGGACUGUAACUCUCGUGGAGGAUUUCGUGCAUUUACAUUUCAGGAUUCAGCAGGAAUACGUCACCUGAGAAAAUUGUCUGCUGCUGGCUUGACUCAUGUUCAUUUGUUACCAAGCUUUCAUUUUGCUAGUGUUGAUGACAACAAAAGCAAUUGGAAAUUUGUUGAUGAGGCUCAGCUGGCAAAACUCCCUCCAGGUUCAGAUGAGCAACAAGCUGCAAUAGUAUCUAUUCAGCAAGAGGAUCCUUACAAUUGGGGGUAUGACCCUGUACUCUGGGGGGUUCCAAAAGGAAGCUAUGCAAGUAACCCAGAUGGUCCUAGUCGUAUUAUUGAAUACCGACAGAUGGUUCAGGCCCUGAAUCGCAUAGGUCUUCGUGUUGUCAUGGAUGUUGUAUACAAUCAUUUAGACUCAAGUGGCCCCUUUGGUGUCUCCUCAGUGCUUGACAAGAUUGUUCCUGGAUAUUACCUUAGGCGGAACGUUAAUGGUCAGAUCGAAAAUAGUGCGGCUAUGAACAAUACAGCAAGUGAGCAUUUCAUGGUUGAUAGGUUAAUCGUGGAUGACCUUUUAAAUUGGGCAAUAAAUUACAAAGUUGAUGGGUUCAGAUUUGAUCUUAUGGGGCAUAUCAUGAAAAGUACCAUGAUAAGAGCAAAAUCUGCUAUUCGAAGCCUUACGAGGGAUGUACAUGGAGUGGAUGGUUCAAAGAUAUACUUGUAUGGUGAAGGAUGGGACUUUGGUGAGGUUGCACAAAAUAAGCGUGGAAUAAAUGCAUCCCAGAUUAAUAUGAGUGGCACAGGAAUUGGUAGUUUCAACGAUAGGAUCCGCGAUUCUGUUAAUGGGGGUAAUCCAUUUGGUAAUCCUCUACAGCAAGGCUUUUCUACCGGUCUGUUCUUGGAGCCUAAUGGAUAUUAUCAGGGUAAUGAAGCAGAUACCAGGCGUGAACUUGCUACAUAUGCUGAUCACAUACAGAUCGGACUAGCUGGUAACCUGAAGGAUUAUGUACUAAGAACUCAUACUGGAGAAGCUAAGAAGGGAUCAGACAUUUACACUUUUGAUGGAUCACCAGUUGGCUAUACUUCAUCCCCUGUAGAAACUAUAAACUAUGUUUCUGCUCAUGAUAAUGAGACUCUGUUUGAUAUUGUCAGUAUAAAGACCCCAAUUGGCCUAUCGAUUGAUGAGAAAUGCAGGAUAAAUCAUUUGGCUUCUAGCAUGAUCGCAUUAUCCCAGGGAAUACCUUUCUUCCAUGCUGGUGAUGAGAUACUGAGAUCUAAGUCACUUGAUCGAGAUUCAUAUAACUCUGGUGAUUGGUUUAACAAGCUUGAUUUUACAUAUGAAACAAACAAUUGGGGUGUAGGACUUCCUCCAAGAGAUAAGAAUGAAGAAAAUUGGCAUUUGAUAAAACCAAGAUUGGAAAACCCAUCUUUCAGACCUUUGAAAAAUCACAUUCUUUCUGUCUUCGACAAUUUUGUUGACAUCUUGAAGAUCAGAUACUCCUCACCGCUCUUUCGUUUAAGUACAGCAAGUGACAUUGAGCAAAGGGUUCGCUUUCACAACACAGGUCCCUCGAUGGUACCAGGAGUUAUUGUCAUGAGCAUUAAAGAUGCUCAAAAUGAAAAAUGUAAAAUGGCUCAGUUAGAUAAAAACUUCUCUUAUGUCGUGACGAUCUUCAAUGUCUGUCCACACGAAGUGUCUAUUGAAAUCCAUGAUCUCGCUUCGUUGGGGCUUGAAUUGCAUCCUAUUCAGGUGAAUUCAUCGGAUGCUCUAGUCAGGCAGUCAGCAUACGAGGCGUCCAAAGGUCGAUUCACCGUGCCAAGAAGAACAACUGCAGUGUUCGUUCAACCUAGAUGUUGAUGCCUUUGGGAAAACGUUCAUAUUAUGUCGAAAAAUAUGAAUGAAGAUAAGAGAAUAAAAGUCCUCAAGUUGAAUAUUCCUGAAGAAAUAAAUGGAAGAAUAUGAAGAGACUGGGCUAGUAUACUAAUAGUAUAGUUUUAGAGAAAAAAAAUACAUACUUGUAGUAUCGAAUAAAGUGCCCAAGUUUCGACAUGCUUUGUCAUCUCCGUAAGGGUAUUGUAUUGUACUGUUGUGAUUAUCACAAACAAACAAAAAAGACAUACUUAUAGUUACAUGGAAAUAUGGCAUGCUAAGUAAAUAAAAAUGCUCCCUUUGUUUCAUAUAA